AGGGAGGGUUUCCGCGGUUAAUAAACUGAACAAAUUCGAUAAGAGAAAUGUGAAAAUUUUACAAAAAAAGCGUGAGCUGUCACGCCCGAGACAAGUCCGAUCCAUUGUUGAAACUCCACCAAAAAUUCAAUUAUACCAUCUAAAAAAAAUUAGUAAAAAACCCCUUAUAAGUAGUAUAGAACGUAUGAUUACUGAGUGUUACCAAUCUGUGUAAGAAGUCAAUUAAAAAAAAUUAAUAAUAAAUAUAUUAUAGUGCUUUUGAGUAAAGUUAAAAGUGCCUACGCGUUUUUCUAUAUUUUCGGAAAAUAUUUGAAUGAUUUCGCAAUAAAUUAGGUGUCUAGCAAAAAGGAAACGCACAUCUGGAACAAACAUCCAAAACCAAAACCAACCUGUUGUGCAUACUAUUUUAGAAAACCAAAGUUUUGCUACAUAAAAACUAAAUUGUACAAAAAACUAAUCUCCAAUGAACAAAAAUGGCUUGCAGCAAAUCUAAAAUAACGGUACUACAUAAUUUGGCCUAACGGUACUACCUAAUCAAAUAAAAAAUAAGUAGAAACCGAAAUCGGCUUCUUACCAGUAUAUUAGUAAGUAUCAAACGACACAACGACGUUUCUUAAGUGCGACAAUAUCCUGUGCUUCCUCAGGGAGGUUGCCAUCAAACUGAAGAAGCACGAGCAAGAGUACGACCUUCUCAUUGUCGAUUACGAGCCUUCUCUGAUGGAGAACUCGGACGCAGACGACGAAACAGGUUGGAACUGCAGUGUCCAUCCUAGCGUAUUCUUUCUCUUAGGAACUCUAGUGCUAACAACUUGCGCAACGGGAAUGCUUUGCGCAGCCAUCAUGACCGACCAUUGGGAAGAGGUGACGUGGGACAAAAAUGGUGUAGAUUUUUUGGCUAAUAGCUCAGUCAGAGUACAGUGGCUGCUUGACAGAACUGUUGCUAGGAUAUCAACGAACGAGCGAGAUAGAACGAUAGCAUUUUUAGUGCCAAUGCAUGGGGGAAUUUGGACAUUGUGUGUUAGUUUAUCAGAUGAAGAAAUAAAUCUACUGGGUAGGGUGGGUUUUCCAACCGUCCAGUCAUGUGUCAACUAUUUGUCUGGUGGAAUAGAUGGUGUACGAGGGUAUGAACCAAGAGCUGAUUGGCAACACCGUAUGCAAAACUUGUCAAUAUCAUGCGCCCUAGUUUGUCUCAUAAUUUUGGGUAGUGCUGCCCUAAUCGGAGCCUUUGGGGUUUUCCAGCAUCAGAUAAGUGCCGUCCUAGUUACAGGAGUAAUGUAUUUAUUAGCAGCCUCUUUUGCGCUUUUCACGUUGACUAUCAUCCAUUUCAAGAGACUCCACAGCCGCCCCCACAUGGACGAGUCCGAGGGAACGGUGGACGGAGUCGUCAGCCCCACCGGGGGCAGGGGAGUAAAAGACUUAUUACCCGCCAGAGUGUUUACGACUUCUUGGUCUCUAGAUUUAGGUUGGGGAGGAGUUAUGUUGUGCGUUAUGACUUCUGUGCUUUGGAUACUGUUGUCGAAAAUAAUGAGGUUUAAUCCUAUCUCCAGCAUGAUAAAUUAA